AUGCAUGCUCCACGCGAGUCUCGGGACGGCGGCCACCCAUCUUCUGCCGCCUCAGCCCAAGGAAACUUUGUCGCUCACCUAGAAAGUAAUUCGAAUGGUGAGGCGAACAAGGAACUCAACGAACACCUUGAAGUCAAUACAGACGUCAUCUCGACAGCUCCAGUUUCUGGCACGGACGGCGAGCUUGCUGCCGAAGAACAGCUUGAGUCCACCUCGAACAACACAGUCAACAAGAACGAGAUCGUUGGAACCUCAUACAAAGGACCGUACUCCAACGUUGACGACGCAGAUGUUUCCGCCGUUGAUACCUACCGGCCGGACCCCUACGACUUUGGUCGACACCGUCGUGACAAUGUCUCCAAAAAGCAGAUGGCCAUCGAACAUCCGAAGGGUAACAAGAGAAAGCUGAAGAAGUUUUACAACAGACAAAAUGUGCUCAUUGACCAGUUUCUUGGUGCCGAAGACGAGGAAAGGCAACAAGUCGCCGAAGAUGCGCGGAUGGGCCCUAAAAUCAAAUUCGCCGUCAAUGCUUCCUUCACAGCUAACUUUUGUCUGUUUGUCAUCCAACUCUAUGCUGCCGUCUCAACCGGAUCUCUAUCGCUAUUUGCCACUGCAGCCGACGCUUUCAUGGAUCUAGUCUCUUCCUUUGUUAUGCUGAUCACGUCGAGGAUGGCGGCUCGUCCGAGUAUAUACAAGUAUCCCGUGGGACGAACCAGGAUCGAGACAAUAGGUAUCAUCUUAUUUUGUGCUCUGAUGACCACAGUUGCCAUUCAGCUUCUGGUCGAGUCAGGCCGCGCCCUUGGCGAGGGUCAACGGACCUCUGAAGAGUUGCACAUUGUGCCCAUCGUUAUCGUCGGCGUCGCCAUAUUUGCCAAGGGCUCCUUGAUGGUGUACUGCUUCGCAUACCGAAAGUACCCCUCGGUGCAUGUCUUCUUCAUCGAUCACCGCAAUGACAUUGUUGUCAACAGCUUUGGCCUGAUCAUGUCUGUUGUCGGAGACCGAUUCGUGUGGUAUCUGGAUCCCAUCGGCGCCAUCUGUAUCGCACUGCUCAUUCUGUUUUCUUGGGUUUCGAAUGCUUUCGAUCAGGUCUGGCUUCUGGUUGGCAAGUCGGCACCAAGGGAUUUCGUCUCCAAGCUGAUCUACAUGGCAAUGACCCAUGACACUCGGAUCCUCAAAGUCGAUACUGUAAGCAUCCUGUCACCGAGAGUGUUGGAGCCGCCUAACCGCCGGCAGUGCCGAGCAUACCAUGCUGGACAAAAGUACUACGUCGAAAUCGACGUUGUCAUGGACGAAUCGACUGCUCUGAAAAUCUCUCAUGACGUUGCACAGGACCUGCAACGGAAGGUCGAAGGACUGGGUGAUGUCGAGAGGGCAUUCGUCCACGUAGAUUACUCGGAGGCACAUGAUCCCCACGAAGAGCAUAAGCCAUUGUAUGAAAGACAGUCAAGAAAGCCCAAGAGAACGUUGAAGGAUAUUCUGUUGAGAACGAAGAAGAACACGGUCCACGUGAGUGAGGCCGAGAUCUCCAGCAGCCAAAAUUGAGCAUGCUGGGGAGGAAGGGAUGGACGUUGAAGAGGGAAAAUGCGAGUAAUAAAAAGGAAACAAGGUAUGAGGGAGGGACAAGCCCCUUGGCGUUUGGGUCGUAAUGUUACAUAAUCUGUGUUAUCACCAUGCCCAAUGCCAUGACAGAAAGAUGUGUUG